AUGGCACAGGUUCAACGACCUCUGGUCAUCCAAUCGCACAUCAUCCGAUCCUGCUGUCCACGCCCUACUCGGAGGACGACCAGGGCGCUCUUCGCAAGAGGGAACAAGCACCACAGUUUGCACACCAAGACGGUCACCGACAAUGACAUUUCUCGAUUGGCCAGCUUGACACUGCAUCCAUUGACGCUUACAGAUCUCGUCAAACACGGAAAACCGCCGCUCACGACGCAACAACUGCUCACGUCGGCCAACUUCACACUGUCAAUACUCCCAGCACGACUCGCGCAUCGUAUACAAUCGCUCCGCAACCUGCCCUUUAUUGUCGUAUCGAACCCACACGUGUCUAAAAUACACUCCAACUACAUACACAGUCUCUCGACGCUGUUGCCAUGGGCAGAGCACGAGAUUACAACGUUAGAAGAGGAGGUCAAGUUUACGGAAGUUAUGGCCGACCUUGUUCAAACGCACGCGAAUACGAUUAGCAUACUAGCACGAGGGUUUCUGGAGGCUAGGAAGUACAUCAGCCCCAAAAAUGUAACUCGUUUCUUGGACGAGCAUUUGCGGGCAAGGAUAGGCACGCGACUGAUUGCGGAGCAGCACUUGUCGCUGCAUUUCUCAAGCCAGCCACAUUGCGAGGUUAUGCAUGAGCAGGACGACAACCCGGGAUACAUCGGUGUCAUUGACACGAGACUGAGGCCCGCGAGGAUCAUUGAUCACUGCGCGAACGUAGUAGGCGAGAUCUGCGAGCUCAAGUACGGUGUUCGACCUACCGUGGUGGUGAAUGGAGAGCCGGACUACGAAUUCGCACAUAUACCCGUCCACCUUGAAUACAUCAUCACCGAACUCCUCAAGAAUGCUUUUCGCGCAACGGUAGAAAGCGGCAUGGAACGGGAGAGCAUCGAAGUUACCAUCGCCCCUCUUCCAGAACUGCUACCGGGGAGCACGGGUACCAGGGAUGUCGACAACAUUAGCAACCAGAUGGUCGAAAACAAGGACCAAGGCAACACAGACAUAGCAUCCCAACGGUUCACUGGCAACACCACUACUGCGUCUCCGACGGCAGACUCAAACAUCCUGCCCCUUAAACACUCGACACCCGGCGUAACGAUCCGGAUCCGCGACCGCGGCGGCGGCAUUUCCCCCGAGAACCUUAAACAGAUCUGGGACUAUAGCUUCACUACCUUCAAUGACGACCAAGCAUCCUCGACGUUGACGGGCAACCACUCGGGCAACGGCAUGGACGCGCUGAAUGCCUUUUCAGGACCUGGAGGUGAUGGAGCGAACAGCUUGGCGGGGCUAGGGUACGGACUCCCGUUGGGAAGGGCUUACGCGGAGUAUUUUGGAGGAGGCAUUGCGGUGCAGAGUUUGUGGGGGUGGGGGACAGACGUUUACUUGAGUUUGAGGGGGGUGGGGAGGGUGGAAGGGGAGGACCAUGGGAAACCAUGA